AUGGACAACGUUUUCAAAGAUCACUUCCUGUUAUGUGUGUGUAUUGAAAUCAACGUGGUGGUAGUGUUACCAUUCAUUGUGAUGCCGGUGGAUGCUGACCUCAACCGCACAGACGUGGUGUCGCCUGGUUGUGAACUGAAAGGCUUGCGUACUUGGAAAGACAUUUGUCUGGUACGGAACUCACUCUUCCAACACCAGUGCGUAGAAAGUGUCGUGAGAUGGGCACGAGUCGGGAGCGCGCGGCAUGACGCGGCUGGCGGGCGGCGCGACGUGCAACGAGGUCAGCGCCCCAGCCCAGGACUAAUUCGGGGGAGAGCGACGACUCCCGCCGCCGCCCGCUGCUUUGUCUGA